AGUGUGUAUUCCCUGUUGUAUUAAACGCAAGAUGCCUCCGAUGUCUCCAUCUUUCCAAAGAAGCAGUAAACAAUAGCCUCCACUUGGUGACUCAGAAACUCAGACAUUUUACUUAUUGUUAUUUCGUAACACACGCGUUAACUCGUCCCUGCCCGACUGAGAGAGGAGAGUGAAAUCAUGCUCGGAAUGUACGGCCACGCCAGUGGAAUACAAAUUGUUUUGAAUGCUGCUGACCCAACGAAUUAGCGCACGAGAAGAGGAGGUGAAAGUCUUCAGUGUCAGUGAGUCUGGCUCGGAGCAGUGUGCGCGGUGAGAGCAGUCGGUGCGCGGUCGGUGCGGCUCUCGAAAAAAAGCGCUAAUUCAAACGCCCGAUGUGUAGUACUUUUUGACGCUUAUCAGAGGGACUUUUGUGGUUUGGCGCGAGGAAAACCAUGCUGCAAAAGCAGGCGAACUUGGAACCUAAGCAAUCAGUUCCGCUCAAGAAAAUGGCCAAAGGAGUUUACAGCAUAAGGGCGGAACUAACUAGACGAAUUGCAGCCUGGUCCGACGCAGACGUCGUUGAUUUCCUGCAGAAGAACAAAUUAUCAGACUGCUGUCACGCGAUAUCCAGCCGGGGCAUCACUGGACAGAGUUUAUUGGACUCGAAUGACGUCAGUUUGUCGGUGCUGAAAAAGGAUAUUGGCAUGGUCAAAGUCAGAUUGCUGACACAACUAAUAAAAGAUUUGAAAGAAACCCCUGAGAAAUACGUCUCAGCCGAUAGCUGCGACUGCUCAACAGAAAACACAGACACAGUUUCGCAAAACAUGGACACAAGGUCGCGGAAGCCGCCCAUGCCACCCCCGUCUUAUUCAUACGAGGAUGAGGAGGAGGUUGUGUAUAUGAACAACGAUAAAGAGCUGGACAAUGCCCAGGGUUCGUCGCAGCAGCAACAGUAUGACGACGACGAAGGGGACGACGACGACGACAACGGCUCGUGGGCCUCGGACGAUUUCGAUGAAGAGGUCGAGUAUGGCAACGUUGAAACCCACCCGCAAUAUGAGGAAGGUUAUCUCCCAAUGAAUCCGAUUUCACCGAGCAUGCAACCUCAGCUGCCGAUGAGAGCCGGUGCCAUGGAUCCCAACAAAGGAAAGAGGAAUUUUGAGCCUCUUCCGCUACCACCAGACAUGACGUUGACAGGAAACAUUCCACCUCCUAUGGAUGACGAAGACUGCGAUUAUUUGGAUCCGGUGAAUGAUAUUAACCCUGAAGGCGUGAGGAAACUGUCGUUGUCCAAACUGUCAGGCAGCAAUAGUUUUGUGGAGCCAACGCUCCCUCCGCGACCGGGAAAGAAAAAUAGCCUACCUAAUAGACCCUACGAAAGCCACAAUUUUGUAAGGAAAAAUAUCAGACCUGAAGAGGACGACGACCAAAUCGACUAUGAAGAACCAAUCGGUUCGCCAAUGCAACCAAAUCAUACAAACAGAAAGCUGCCACUGCCACCGACCAACGAUGUCGUCAAGCGUCUGGAGUUGAAUGACGAGUCCAAAGACAUGAUGAUGCCGAACGGCGUGAAACUGAUUCCUUUGUCAAACGGCCUUUUUGGUAAACAGCCGCGAACUCUGCCCCUGUCGAAACCCAUCAUUAUGGACGAUGAGAAAAACGUGAGGACUCCAUCGUCAAGCACUUCCUCGCCGUCCAUUUCUCGCUCGACAAAAGGCCAGCUGAACUCACCGAGUCAGCAGAGGCCACUGCCCGAGCUACCAUCACCGGUUUUCAAGUCGCAGCCCAAGAUCGCAGAAGGGCCAAACGAUGCCAUUGAAAAGGCCCGUUGGUUUUUCCAAGUAGACAGAAAGCAGGCCAAUGAACUCCUUCGCGAGUGUGGUUUUGAUGGCUGUUUUAUGAUACGAAACUCGUCAAAAGAGGACGCGGCGUUCACCCUCAGCGUGCUGCACAAGACCAGACUGUACCACAUCCAGGUUCGAAAACGGGCAGACGACCUGUACGCCCUGGGAAAGGCGAAAAAGAACGAGCAUGCAUUUCCCAGCGUGGAAGGCCUAGUGACUUUCUACGGCAAGGAGCCGCUGAAGCUGUACACCAACGGCAAACCCAGCGGCGAGACACUUUUGAAGAUGGCACCGCGCAGGGUGGAUAAAUAAAUAGAUUGACGAGCGCGAGUGCGGUGGUCAAGUGCGAUUUUCCGAAAAUGACUGACACUUAGAUCUUUUACAUUUAAACGUUUUUAGCAUUUGCUUGUAAAGUAUUUAAGGAGCUAUUGUAUACUCAUUCAAAGUUAUGAUCUCCAUUUUUCCUCUUAUGUGUUUCAUUUGCUUAAAGUUGUCCUCUGUGGUGAUUACUUUGAAAAACUAUAUGGGCGUAAAAUUUGUAAGCAAUAAAUUAUGUACAUCUUACCUGCA